UUCGUCACUCCUGUUUCUAAUUCCUGUUUACGUCAUUGUCUUCGGUUAAAAGAGCGAAAACAAGAACAAAGUACGAGAUAUCCAUGGUAGAGUAGUCCUUCUUCGAACAAGGAAUUUGUCCAUCUCCUCCUCCUCUUCCUGGUUUCACUAAAUUUAUUUGGAUUGUGGUUGUACUUGGAGACUUUGGGGUUUUAGUUUUGGAGAUUUUUGUGGGUGACCAUGUCGCACAACGAUACUGUACCUCUUCACCCGUCUUCGCAGUCAGACAUCGAUGAGAUCGAGAACCUCAUUAACGCCAGCGUUCAGUCCGGGCCCACCACAGUGCUUCCGGCGAGACCUCCGAGCCCUCCCAGAGCUUCCAUUCCUGUAUCUUCAUCUCCGUUUAUAACAUCCAAUAUCCAACCGACGUAUCAAAAGCCACCUGCUGCUCCUAUUCCUGUUCCGCCAGCUUUGCCGACGUCCGAUUCGAGUUCCCGCGCGAGUAUUUCCAAUGGGUUUGGGUCGCUCCCUAAUACGCUUACGGAGCCGGUGUGGGACACUGUGAAGAGGGAUUUGUCUCGCAUUGUCAGCAAUCUGAAACUUGUGGUGUUUCCGAAUCCGUACCGUGAGGACCCCGGGAAGGCUUUGAGGGAUUGGGAUCUAUGGGGGCCUUUUUUCUUCAUCGUCUUUCUUGGCCUUACGCUAUCGUGGUCGGCAUCUGUUAAGAAGUCUGAGGUUUUUGCAGUUGCAUUUGCACUUCUUGCAGCUGGUGCUAUAAUUCUAACGUUGAAUGUCCUACUCUUGGGUGGGCAGAUAAUCUUCUUUCAGAGUCUCAGUCUUCUUGGUUACUGCCUCUUCCCUCUUGAUAUUGGAGCGCUGAUAUGCAUGUUGAAAGACAAUGUGAUUAUAAAGGUUAUUGUGGUGUGUGUGACAUUGGCAUGGAGCUCCUGGGCUGCUUAUCCUUUCAUGAGUUCAGCCGUUAACCCAAGAAGAAAAGCCCUUGCACUCUACCCAGUCUUCCUCAUGUAUGUAUCUGUUGGUUUUCUGAUCAUUGCCAUUGAUUAAGUCAUCAAGAAUCAAUAUUGAUCUUAAUAGUCGAUGAAGCUCAAACGCAGGUACAGGCAUUUCACAUGCUAGUUAUUAUAUUUCAUGUGUGAUCUCAUGCUCUCUUAUUUUUGACCAACUUAGUGUUUGAGACUCCCAACUAUGAUCUACAUAGUUUGCAUAGUUUGUAUAAGCUGGUUUUCACAUGGAAUUCUCUCUCUCUCUCUCUCUCUCUCUCUCUCUCUCCCAAACUGUUUUAUAACGAGGAAUUGAAGGGCUUAUUUUGGGUUUUGGUGAAAUAAAUUGCCUGCAUGACUUUCUGGCAUAAAGCAGCAGUAUUAUCUUUUUAGGAUAGGUAUGUGGCACUAAUAGAAUUGUUUCUUAUUCCUACUAUCCGUUAUGGUGUCAUUGUUGGUUAGUAGAUGAUAAAAGGAGAAUUUGUACAGAAUCUUGAAAAGGCACAAUGCAACAUCAAGUCAUUCAUGUAAUAUCUUUCACAAUUCACACUA